AUUCACAUGGUGAUCAAAAGAAACACUUGAGUGAUGAACUGCUUUUUCAGAAGUCUAAGGCAGUAAUCUGAGCCCUUGUGCCAUGGUAGCUUGCUUGUUUUGCUGAAGCAGUCUUCCUUAACAGCAUUUCUGUCUAAUGCCUUCCCUGUUGGAGCAGCCACAGCAACUGCCUGAUUGAGAAAAAAAUGAAUGUUCUGCGUUGUUCAUGUCACUGAUGGAAUAAAGCUAUCUACAUUUCUGUCAUUUGGGAAAUCUGGAUUAAACGGGCAGUAUUAUUCCAGGACUUCCAUUGUCCCUUGUGGUCUGACUCAUCGCAUGUAAAUGUACUGCAGCUUUGCUGUACAUUGCAGAGAUUUUUAUUGCAUGGGAAAGAAUUGUCAACCUCUGAGCAUCACAUUCUGAAGGACUGCUGAAAAAUUUGUGUGGACUGUGUUUGACAUUGACGAAUGAAGUUGCCAAAUUGCAAAAUGAUUAGAUCCUGAACCACUAAGAACAGUUGUGUUUAUUUUUCAGUCACCAGAAAGCCUGAUACUGUUAAUUGGAAACUGACCUUGUGGGACUGUGUAGCCGUGAUCAUCUCUGUCAGAGCAAUUGUUCCUUGUUUCAUUCUACACAGGAUAGUGUCAUGUCGUCUACAACAAUGAUUUCACUGUGUGGAUAAAUUUAUGCUGUAGAAGUAGCGAUAUUAAGAAAAACAUUUGCUGGUGAAAGGACGUAACAGAGAUUUAUUGCAAUGACUUUUUUACUGUAAUGUAGUUAUACUGAAGACUAUUUUUGAUACAUUUUCCACAAAUUCAGUGUUGUAGUGUAGAUGUUGGAUGAAAUUAUAUUUUGAAAAAAAUGCAAUUUUUUAAACAGGAUCAUUUGAGCACCCCAGGGUGUUGAAUAUAGCAAAUGAAAUAUAAGGAAGUGCAACAGUGUCCUUUUUUAGUAUUAAAACACCAGCAAUAGGUUCAGAACUUAAGUUUGUGAGUAUAUAGGCAGAGGAGAGCAUUUCCUGGGCUGCCUCGACUGUGAUUUCUACAGUGCUGUUCUGAAUAUAGGUUUUUAUUUUCAAACGGAUGGAAUGAGUCGAGUCUGUAUUGUUGUUUUGGAGGAGGUAGAAGAUGAUUCUCCCACAUUUAUUUCCAAAUUACCUCAGGAAAACCUAUCUCUGCGUCCAUCACCUUCUGGAAAUGUGUUGCCACCACUAGUUCAAGCGAUAUUUAAUGGGGAUCCUGAUGAAGUUCAAGCACUAAUAUUUAAGAAGGAAGAUGUUAACGUUCAGGAUAAUGAAAAAAGGACCCCUUUACAUGCUGCUGCCUAUCUGGGAGAUGCAGAAAUUAUUGAACUACUUAUUUUAUCUGGGGCUAGAGUUAAUGCCAAAGACAGCAAAUGGUUGACUCCUUUACAUAGAGCUGUUGCAUCUUGUAGCGAGGAUGCUGUUCAGGUGUUGUUAAAGCAUUCAGCAGAUGUCAAUGCCCGUGACAAAAACUGGCAGACACCUCUACAUAUAGCGGCUGCAAAUAAAGCUGUUAAGUGUGCUGAAGCUUUGGUGCCUCUUCUAAGUAAUGUAAAUGUAUCAGAUCGAGCAGGAAGAACAGCAUUACACCAUGCAGCCUUCAGUGGACAUGUUGAGAUGGUCAGUUUGUUGUUGUCUAGAGGUGCCAAUAUUAAUGCAUUUGACAAGAAAGACAGACGGGCUAUACAUUGGGCAGCUUAUAUGGGUCAUAUUGAAGUUGUGAAAUUACUUGUGGCCCAUGGGGCUGAAGUGACUUGCAAAGACAAAAAAUCUUAUACACCUUUACAUGCUGCUGCUUCCAGUGGAAUGAUCAGUGUGGUCAAGUAUCUUCUAGAUCUUGGAGUUGAUAUGAAUGAACCAAAUGCAUAUGGAAAUACACCUCUCCAUGUAGCUUGCUACAAUGGACAAGAUGUUGUAGUAAAUGAACUUAUAGACUGUGGUGCCAAUGUAAAUCAAAUGAAUGAGAAAGGUUUUACGCCUUUGCACUUCGCUGCUGCAUCAACACAUGGAGCAUUGUGUUUAGAGCUUCUGGUCUGUAAUGGUGCAAAUGUCAAUAUGAAGAGUAAAGAUGGCAAAACACCGUUGCACAUGACAGCAAUUCAUGGUAGAUUUUCAAGAUCCCAAACCAUCAUCCAGAAUGGAGCUGAAAUAGACUGUGAAGAUAAGAAUGGAAAUACUCCAUUGCACAUAGCAGCUAGAUAUGGCCAUGAACUACUAAUCAACACUCUGAUUACGAGUGGUGCUGACACUGCAAAGCGGGGUAUACAUGGGAUGUUUCCUCUCCAUUUGGCAGCUUUAAGUGGAUUUUCAGACUGCUGCAGAAAACUCCUUUCAUCAGGCUUUGAUAUAGAUACCCCAGAUGACUUUGGCAGGACUUGUCUUCAUGCAGCUGCAGCUGGCGGGAAUUUGGAGUGCCUAAACCUUCUGCUCAACACUGGUGCAGACUUCAACAAAAAGGACAAAUUUGGGAGAACUCCACUCCAUUAUGCUGCUGCCAAUUGUAAUUACCAGUGCCUCUUUGCCCUUGUGGGAUCUGGAGCUAGCGUGAAUGACCUUGACGAGAGGGGUUGUACUCCACUGCACUAUGCAGCUGCAUCAGACACAGAUGGAAAGUGCCUGGAAUACUUAUUAAGAAAUGAUGCAAAUCCAGGGAUUCGAGACAAACAAGGAUAUAAUGCAGUUCAUUAUUCUGCUGCUUAUGGUCAUCGCUUAUGUCUUGAAUUGAUUGCAAGUGAAACGCCUUUAGAUGUUCUAAUGGAAACAUCAGGUACUGAUAUGCUGAAUGAUUCAGACAACAGAGCACCAAUUAGUCCUUUGCACUUAGCUGCUUAUCAUGGUCACCAUCAAGCGCUAGAAGUGCUUGUGCAGUCGUUAUUGGAUCUUGAUGUGAGGAACAAUAAUGGAAGAACACCACUGGAUCUUGCAGCAUUCAAGGGCCACGUUGAAUGUGUGGAUGUACUCAUUAAUCAGGGAGCAUCAAUCUUAGUGAAGGAUUAUGUUGUAAAGAGAACCCCAAUACAUGCUGCAGCUACAAAUGGCCAUUCAGAAUGCUUGCGAUUGUUGAUAGGAAAUGCAGAACCACAGAAUGCAGUCGACAUUCAAGAUGGAAAUGGCCAGACUCCUUUGAUGUUGUCUGUUCUCAAUGGGCACACAGACUGCGUUUAUUCUUUGCUUAACAAAGGAGCAAAUGUAGAUGCCAAAGAUAAAUGGGGAAGGACAGCAUUACACAGAGGGGCAGUGACUGGCCACGAGGAAUGUGUGGAAGCUCUGCUUCAACAUGGUGCUAAGUCCUUAUUACGAGACUGCAGGGGGCGAACACCUAUACACUUGUCAGCUGCAUGUGGCCAUAUUGGUGUUUUAGGAGCUCUUUUGCAGUCAGCAACAUCUGUGGAUACAGUACCUGCAAUAGCAGACAAUCAUGGAUAUACGUCACUGCACUGGGCUUGUUAUAAUGGUCAUGACAGCUGUGUAGAGCUUCUUUUGGAACAAGAAAUUUUCCAGAAAAUGGAAGGGAAUUCUUUCAGUCCAUUGCAUUGUGCUGUGAUAAAUGACAAUGAAGGUGCUGCAGAAAUGUUAAUUGACACUCUUGGUGCUGGCAUUGUAAAUUUAACAGAUUCUAAAGGAAGAACACCUCUUCAUGCAGCAGCUUUCACAGAUCAUGUGGAGUGUUUACAGCUUCUCCUUAGCCACAAUGCUCAAGUAAACGCUGUAGAUUCUUCUGGGAAGACGCCUUUGAUGAUGGCUGCAGAAAAUGGGCAAACCAAUACAGUUGAGGUGCUGGUUAGCAGCGCGAAGGCUGAUCUGACCUUGCAAGAUGGUAGUAAAAACACUGCACUUCAUUUGGCUUGCAGCAAGGGUCAUGAAACUAGUGCCUUGUUAAUACUGGAGAAGAUUACAGAUAGAAACCUCAUCAAUGCCACCAAUGCAGCCUUGCAAACACCUCUGCAUGUUGCUGCCCGAAAUGGAUUGACAGUUGUAGUUCAAGAACUUUUAGGGAAGGGAGCAAGUGUCCUUGCUGUAGAUGAAAAUGGUUACACACCAGCUUUAGCCUGUGCUCCCAAUAAGGAUGUAGCUGAUUGUCUUGCUCUCAUUUUGGCCACAAUGAUGCCUGUUUCCUCCAGCAGCACAUUACCUUCCCUUACAUUCAAUGCCAUUAAUCAUUACACCAACACCUCAAAAACUGUUACCUUUGAUUCCUUGCCAAUCAUGAGGAGUGACCAUAGUUCUUACUGUAGUUUCAACAACAUUGGCAGGGAAGAUGGCUACCCAUAUACAGAAGAGGAUGAACUUAAUGACUCAGACUCUGAGACCUAUUAAGAGGCUUCUUUUGACGAUCUGGAGAGUGAACAGUCGUUGGAAAGUCAGUCAUGCUUUUGAACAAAACAUUUAGUUUUGGAUACAAAGGACAGAUCCAUGAGAAGAAACUUUUAUUGGGGUGCAUAUGAAAGAUCUGUGAGAGACUUAUUUUAAAGCAUUGCAGAAGAAGCAUAAACACUUGGAAUCCAUGGCAAAAAAGAAAAAAAAUAAAGAAUGUCAAAACCAUUUUAUUUAAUUGUAUUUUACCGUUUUGUUUGUGGUGCCAGGAGUAAUUUCUGCAGACUGUGCACCCCAGUCUAUGUAAAUGAAUGACACUAUUGUACAACAAAAAGGACACUAGAUUUAAAUCUUAUCAAUAAAAACUAAAACCAUUUUGAAGGCAAUAAACGAGUUUGGUACAGUAGGCAUUGUUUUUGCAGCAAAUUGCCAAAGGACCAAAUAACCUAAAGAUUUUUAAAUACCUUUUUGUGGAAACUGGAAUAGGUUAAUUGAGGAGUUGUCUUAACUAAACCUUAAUUACUUCUGGAAGUGAAGCUCAGAUUUGGUUUUAAAUGUUGAAUUCUUUUUUUUUCUUUAUCAUCCUAAAAACUUUCAGAUGCUCUUAAAUGUACCAUGAAAAUAGCAGAUGUAUUUUUCAGUUUCUUUUCCUUCUAAAUGAAAUGGAAAUGAACUUGUCAUACUUUUAUAAUACUAAAAUGAAAACCAGCUAACAAGGUGCAGUCAGGGUGAUAAUGUACAGUGUAAUAAACAAGGGAUGGGGGGAGGGAAGCGAUAAUUGUUGCACAGUUUUAGAUUUUUAACUUUUGGUUUUUGAAUUGAGAUUAUUUAAAAUUAAAUGAAAGGGUAAUUACUGGGAAUGUGCAAAAAAUACAAAUUUAAAUUAAAUGUCUUGACAACCUGUUGUAGCUGCAGUUUCAUAGGGAAUGAUUUUUUGACAAUUCACCCACUUUACAUCAUAAAAUUUGUACGUGAAAUCAAAUCAGUGUUUCCAUUGUAAUUUUUUUUUCAAUCCUGGAUUUGAGUUAAAAGGAAUUCAGAUUUUUCAGUACUGAAAAGGUAGAGUGUCAGAUCUGGAAAGAGCUAUAUAUCUGUGUUGUGCUCCAUUUAGAAAAACAACAAAAGCAGGUCCCUGUAAUGUACUUCAAACUUGCCCUAAGAUUUUUUAUUAUUAUUAUUUAUAGCAGACUACUGUUUUUUUAAAUAUAUAUUGCCUGAAGAAUGAAAGACUGACCCACAAGCUGAAGUUUGUUUGUUAAAUAUGAGUAUCUACUUUAUUUGACUCUGCUUUAACUAUAACUGUUACUUUUCAAGUGAAAUUGUUUAUGUACAUGCAAGGAAUCCUUGCAUGUCCCGGCAAAGUACAAAUAAAUUACUAUGAAACGAUUCCAAUUUUCCUUUUAUCCUUUUUGUAUUGUGUAACUGGAAACCUUGUUGCUAUUGUACAUUGAUCAGCUGGUUUUCUGAACAUAAAGUGUGGAAACAGGACAAUAUUUUGAUCUAUUUGAUAAUUUUGUGGUUUUUUUGAAGAAUUAAUGAGCAUGUACAUAGAAAUAGUGACUGCUUGAAUACUGUAAUUACCUGCACUCUUUCAGUACAUCCAGAUUCCUGUAUAUUUUACGGAGUAUAAUAAAACCCAGAUGUGAGUUGUAUUAAUGAAUAAUUUAUUCGUAUCUGUGUACCAUACUUAAAAACUAAUGGCAAAGUUUCUUCUGUUGAAUAACUUUUAGAAUUUAUAAAAUCUAUUUUACAAAGGCUUUGCUGUCCUUUUACUUCAACGGUAGAGGCAAAUGGUUCAGAUUUACAGUAAUUUUUAAAGGAAAAGUUAAGUACUGUUUGGUUACUGAUGUUUAAAAUCGAGACUUACUUGUGAAUGAUGCUUUGUUUCCCUGGUGGGGGCAGUUGUUUAUGAAUAUUGAUUUUUGAAAACAGCUUAUGAUUCUUCCACAAAAUUAGAUGCUUUUUAUAGAACUCCUCUUUAAAUCUUCUUUGGGAUUUUGGUACAGAAAUAAAUGGUAAUGGAGAUCCAGGAAGCAUAUUCAAUUUUCACUUGUUUUUUGCCACACUUUACUGUAUCUAAUUAACUAUUUCCCCAGUAUCCUGAAAACUUCUCUUCAUAUUUUACUAGGUACACACUAAAAUCAUAUUGCCCUGGGGAUUGUAAAAGGUUGCUUUAAGUUUUAGCCAAUAUGCUCGUUAAUGUGCCCUUAAGAAGUUGUGCAAGUUAAUGAUAAGAAAACUGGAUUUAGAAAUAUUUCAUGUAAACUUGAGAGCCACUUGAUUUAAAAAAAAAAAAAAAAGUCAUCCAGGUAUGUGUCAGUUAUUUUAUCAAUAGCAGUUUCCUGAUCACCUGUCAAAGAAGUUUUAUAAACAUCCUAAAAAGGUUUUGGAACUGCUAGAGUAAAGCAUGAUGUUUAGACUCUGGAAUAUUAGUUUAAUCUUUCAGCAUGAAGCAAUCACUGUUUGCAUCAUAUGGGGAGAAAUGGUUUGCUUGAUAUGUGAGGAAAAUCAGGGAAAAAUGACAGUAGCUGAAUCAGGAUAAGCUGUUUAAAAUAAAGGGUAUUAUUUUUUAUCCGGAACUGAUUGCUCGUGUGUUCAAAAGUGAUUGGAGAUUGUCUUAUAGUAAGAGUUUCGAAAAUAUCCAAGGAGCAAGUGUUCAGUGCAUAUCCUUUCACAGCAUCUAAUGAAGUGUGCUUUCAGCCCACAAAAGUUUGUGCUAUAAAUAGGUAGGUAGGUAGAUAGGUAGAUAUAUGCACUUUGGUUGGUUUAUAAGUUGCAAAUCUACCUGGCCUUUUAAGUUUGCACAUCUAAGGCCCCUGCCAGAUAUUAAUAUAAUGGCACAAUUAGGAUCUGAGGAAAUUUGUAUCCCAUCCCAAAAGUUGGGCAUCCUGCCAGUUCAAGACCUUAGGGCUACCCACCACCUGAUCAAGCAGGGAGCAACUGUGCCUUGCACCUAGCGUAUGUAUUCAUAAAUACAAUUUAAGGUGGGUUGCGUAUUCAAUUUAAGAUGCAAUACAAACCAGCCAGAAAGAUGUUCCAUGUUAAAUGUUUUGGCAUUUUAUUGUGCUAUUAACUGGUUGAACCCAUGGCAUGUUGCAAUUCAUUACCCAAUUAACAUGUUAAUAUUGCAAUAAAUGUAAUGCCUCCCAUGAUCCCUAAAGUACAUCCCACUUAAAAAUUUAGGCCAUCUGUUCCCAAAAGAAUCCUCUUGCUUCAGCUGGCAUUGCUAACUUUGUUCUGUUUGUGGUAAGAAACUUAAAUAUAUAUAUAUGUUCUAUUGCAAAACAGAACAUUUUUUUCAGGCAUGAACCUCUGUCCUAUUUUGUUCCUUAUGAUUGUAUACAUUUUAAUUAAAGCUGUUUUAUGAGCUUGCUAUAUUUGGGUCUAAAAUGUUUGUUCCCUUAUUGCUGUUAAAUGAAUUGUUAAAUCUUUAGGAAUUUAGAAUUGCAGUAAGCCACAUAAUUUGAAACUCCCAGCAGAAAAUGAACCAUAGCCAACAUUUAAUGAGUUCAGACUUUGAGUUCUACAUAUCUGGUUGUUUUCUUUUUCACAGAAACUCCUUUAUGCUGCCUUGUAAUUUUGAGGGGGCUUUACCGAUUCCUUAGUAAAAUGAAGAUCAGACACGCUGUUUGUAAGAAUAUGACAUUUUAUUCCAAAAAGGAAAAAUAUGAAUGCAAAUAUAUGUUUAAGGAUCACGUUGCUCUGGUUAAAGGUGGGUUUUUCUCAGUGAGAGGUCAUGGUAUGAAAUGUUCCUUGUUUACAUAAAACAAAGUAAACCUGCCUGUAGAGGCAGUCUUUCAUAUUUAUGCCCAAGUCAAAUUUGUUUCCAAAUGUUCAGUCUGAAUGGAGAUUUGAUUUUUUUUUUCUUCUUUCCAGAGAAAAGCGUUGCAUAUUAUUGACUCUUCCUAAUUUAAUUUUUUCACAUACAGUUUAAUAGCACAAUAUUGCAGCACCCUUCACUCAAGAAACCUUGGGAUUAUUACUAAGACUAUCCUUGGCAUUCCAUGUUAUCAGAGGACCUCUGAAAACUUUCUACUAUUCAAAUAUUUAUGCUUUGCUGCCGCAAGGCAGCAGAGUGACUUGGCUCACAAAAGCAGUGUCUGAAUGUACUUUCUAAGGUUGAAGGUAGAAGAUACUUAAAAGAAUUAGGUUAACUAUGACAAAAAAGAUAUUGUUCUUGCUACUUGCCUUUGUACUCCUCCCUCCACCUCGAAAUUACUCCAAAAAACUGUAUUGUAUGAAUGGAAUAACAAGCAUCCCAGUUCAUAUGUUGGUUAUAUAAUAUUAUAGAAUCUUGUUUGUAUACACAAUUUCCCUAACUCCUCUUGGAUUUUUGUCUUAAAUGGCACUAUUUUUUAAUGCCAUGGUUUGAACCUUUUACCUACAGCUGAGCAGUAGUUACCAAGAAUCAGAAGCUGAACCAAGUGCUGCAUGACUGACUGAAAAAAGGCAGGAAUGUCUCAGUUUUUCAUCUGGUUCUCCAGCUCUACAAUUCCUUAGCCCAGUAAUUCUGUUUUUAAAAGGAAAUACCAGUCUGCUAUACCCCAGAGAUUCUAGCAAUUAGGACACAAUGCUUAUAGCAGUUAUCUAGCACAAUGCACUCUUUGCUCUGGAGGGGG